AUGUCUAGCCAUUUCAUGAUCUGGAAUGCCCAGGGGAUAGCGAACGCUACUACCCAAGGCAGUUUCAAGAAUAUGAUCGAUAUGUAUAGUGUGUUGUUUGCCGCAGUGCUUGAGCCUCAGACAGAACCCCAGCCUUCUUUCUUUAGUAGGCGCUUUGGGUUGCAAUUUAGGUGCUCGAACACAAACGGCAAGAUUUGGAUCUUCUCUCACAGGGAUUGGCAGGUCGAUGUGAUCGACGAUUCCGAGCAAGUUCUUCAUGUCCGAGUUACUGCUGCUUUAUUUCCUACUCCAAUCUUUCUCUCCGUAGUGUACGCUAAGUGCUCGAGGGAGGGGAGAUACGAUUUGUGGAAUAAGCUCAGGGACAUCUCCUUAGCGACUGACGGGGCACCCUGGCUUGUUGGAGGCGACUUCAACAUCUUCUUGUUGGAGGAAGAGAGACGGGGCAGUACGACAGAUAGGCACGGAGAGAUGAUGGACUUUGCUGACGCCGUUGCAGACUGCCAGCUCCUGGACCCAGGCUUUGAUGGCCCACCUUUUACUUGGACGAGGAGUGGGCUCUGGGAGAGGUUGGACAGAGUCCUUCUAGGGGAGCAUUGGACGACAGUCUUUGCAGCUACUAGGGUGACUCACUUGCCUAGGAUCUCUUCAGAUCAUGCCCCUUUGCUCGUGCGAUGCCAGCUCACUACCCAGAUUCCGAGGCCAUCCUUUAGGUUUCAGAACAUGUGGGUACGGCAUCAUACUUUCAGGGAUGAGAUCACCAGAGUGUGGGCGGCGGAGACGGGCUUCUUCGGCAUGCUCAAUCUUCAGUUCAAACUCAGCAGAGUGAAGAAUUUUCUCAAAGGAUGGAACAGAGAGGUCUUUGGGAACAUCUUCGAGAGGCUGAGGGAGGCAGAGGAGGCAGUUACUGUUGCGCAGGCGGCUUACGACGGGGAUCCCACGGGAGCCCAUAGGAGUGAGCUCAGCCGAUGCACCGCUCUCUAUGCAGGAGGACAGACUCUCACGUCAGAGGACGAUAUCAGACAGUCGGCGGUAGGUUUCUUUCAGCAGCUGCUCACGACAGACGUUGAGCAGUUGGGGCAGCCGGACCUUGAUCUCUUGAGCAGCCUUCCAGACUCAGUGGACCGCGAGGGCCUCUGUGCAGUCCCGGACUCAGAUGAGGUGAGAGCGGCGGUCUUUGGCAUCAGUGGAGACAGCGCCUCUGGACCGGAUGAUUAUCUGUCGAGGAGCUUGGACAGGCUUGUGGCUACACAUCCUGAUAUGGAGUAUAGAUGUGCUCGACGCGCGCCGGCCAUAUCCCAUCUGUCUUAUGCCGACGACAUUGUCAUUUUUGUCAGGGCGCACAGACAGUCCGUGGAGAGGCUGGUACAUUGUCUUGACCACUAUUCUGCCGUGUCGGGCCAGAUGGUGAACAAGGGAAAGAGUCACUUCUAUCUCUUUCAGAAGUUCGAUUCUUGGGCGGCCGAGGUGGCAGAGGUUCUGAAGCCGUUUGAGUACUGGAUGAGGGACUUGGAGCAGAUCUUGGCCAGAUGCAGGUUCGGUUCUCUCACAUCCACCGAGAGGGUAACCGGGCAGCAGAUUUUCUUGCAGGUUGGGGUCCGCCUAACCCCCCGCCGUAAUGGUGUUUGA